AAUAUCCCCUCGCUACUUUCGGAGAUCUCACUGAUCACCCAACUACAGGCGGUGUCCGCCAUCUUAGAUUGGUUCUACAAUGGCACGUACCUCUUACCCGCGGAAAGCGAAGCCUAAAGCUACCGAGAUGAACGUUAGUUGCGGCGUUGGCAACUGUGUAAAACUUGUGCGGUUUGGUAUUGAAUGCAGUAGCUGUCGAAAAUACUUUCAUCCUCGGUGUGCUCGCCUUAGUACCAGCCAGAUAAAAAAACUCCAUGAUACGACCGAUUCUCUCUGGUUCUGCAUUGAGUGUUCAUCUCUUCCACUCGUCAGAUGUAUAACUGUGCUGGCACAGAAGUGCGAUAGAUUGUCAAAGAUUGUAGAGCAAGCAACAGCAGUGAAA